AUGCCAUGUUCCCCGCCCCAGCAUGAUUCCUGCCUGCCAAAGGAGCCUGUGCCGCCAUUGCAGCCAGUCCCCCGCCUAUGGGCUGUGGUGGAGAGCCAGGCCUUCAAGAACAUCUUGGUGGAUGAGAUGGACAUGAUGGUGUCACGAGCAGCCACAGUCAUCCAGGCCAACUGGAAGGGCUACCGGCUGCGGCAGAAGCUUAUCUCACAGAUGAUGGCAGCCAAGGGCAUCCAGGAGGCCUGGCGGCGCUUCAGCACACGCAGGCUUGUGCGGUCCAACAGGCCAACAGUGAGGAAAAAAGUGAAGGAGGAUGAAGGAGACAUUCCCUACCAUCCCCCGCAGCAGGUGCGCUUCCAUGCGCCCGAGGACCUGCUGCCCGCCGUGGUGAACAAGGAGACUCAGCUCCCAUCUUCCAAUAACCUAGCUUCGUCGAAGUUGCAGUCUAAGGCAGCCCCUGGUCCCUGUAUUGGUGGAGCCGCCAGGGGUGGCCUGGCACCCCAGCAGGCUGUGACCGGCAGACUCUCAGGUCCCAUGAGUCUAGGUCCCAAACACCAGCACUGCAUGCUGACUAAGACUGUGAGGAGCUCCUGUCUCAUCAGACAGCUGGAGGGGGACACGACAAAGGGUUCCAGGUCCACCAAAGCAGGGAUCCAGGAGCAAGUAGCAUCAGUGAGAUCUGGCCAAGCUGUCCCCGGACCCAUGAAGACCCAGACCCAGGUUCACACUGAAGCAGAUGCCCCCAAGGCCUUGCCUCAUCCACACCCAGUCACCAAGACCCCUAUCAAGACAUAUCCAAUAGUUUCAACCCCCAAGUCACCAGCCACAACAUACACAGCACCGAAGGUUGCACCCCAGACAUGUCCCACCCCCCUGGUGACGGUCACAAAGAUGCAAUCGCUGACCUGCCCAGUUUCCCCGAUGACCAAGCCCCCAGCUCACAUACGACUGAACCCUUCGCUCUCCAACACCAUACCACAGGUCUGUUCUACUGUCCCUGCCACCAGGACACCACCCCAGGGUUAUGUUGUGACCCCGGCAGUCAAAAGCCCCCCACGCCCUGGGGUCCCUGUCACCAGGAGCCCAAUGCAGACUGGUCCUGGGCUUGUGAUGGUGAAGACCUCACCCCAGACACAUCCAGUAACUGCUAUGACCAGAAGCCACCCUCAGACAUGUCCUGACAUGUCCAAGACAUCUUCACAAUCCGCCCCGAUUACCAAGCCCUCACCCCAGACUCGCCUGGUAGCCAUGAUAACUAAGACCCCGGCCCAGAUACGCUCAGUGGCUGCUGUGCUCAGGACCCUGUGUCUGGUCCCCACGGCAGCAGCUAAAAGUCCCAAAGUCCCACCCCAACCUCCCAUGGCCACUGGCAUUCCCAAUGCCACGUUCCAGGACCACCUGAGCAGCCCAAAGGCCAAGGCCACAAUGAGCACCAAGCAGACCACCAUGGUCAUCAGGGCUGCCUCCCAGUUGUACAUGGCCAAUGGGAAAGGCAAGUGUAGUCUCCACAGACAUCUAGACACUGUGGCUCCUAAGCAUCCAGUGAAAACUCCUUUGGAAGCAGAGAAGACAAAGCCUGGACCUCCAAGACCCCUCAAAAGGGACGUGGCUCCAAAGACUAACAGGACUGCUGUAACCAGGGCACUGUCUUGGACAAAAGUCACAGAGGACAGGACUAAGUCCCUGGCCCAGGUCCAGCAGAAGGCAGAAGUAGUUAAGGUCCACGCCAAAGUGUACAUGCCUGUCGAGAUGACCGUGACCCUGUCUCAGGCUCAGCUGGCCGUCCCCCUCACCAAAGCCUCCUCCCAAGAUCAGCCAGCCACCCCUCAGCCCCAGCUCCAGCUGGCCACACACCUCACCCAAGCACCACCCCAGCCAUGCCCCACAUCUGUGUUGACCAUGGUCCCACCCGAGGGACGACAUCUAGCCAUGUGUCCCUCUACCACCCAGCCCUCAUUGCCACUGGCUCUCAGCAAGGCCCCAUCCCCGGCCCAGCUUAUCACAGGUCUGGCCAAGGCUCCGCAGGCCCAUCUGCCCAUAGGACUGACAAAGGGCCAGUCACAGGCUCAGCCGGCCACUGAAACAGCCAAGUGUCCUCUGGCCACCCACUCAGCCUCCAACCUUGCUGGGAAGACCCAGUCACAGCCACUCCUGAGUGCAUCCAAGGCCUCUGUCCAAUUCUGGCAACAUUUUGGGACGCUCAGCACUGGACCCCACACGAAGUCAGAUGACAGGGGCAGGACCCAGGCCCAUGGCCACAUGCAAAACAAGGCCACGCAGAACUCUCGCUCAGUGGCCACAGAUACCCAAGGCAUGCUGCUGCCUCUGCUGACCCCAACUGGACACUCUGUGUGCUCCACAGACCCCUGGGGUGACAGCGGCCGGGCACGGACCCCACCACCACCACCUGUGCCCAGCCAGGCCGUGUCCUGCCACGACCUGGCAGCAUCCAUCGCAUCCCUGUGUGCUGAGCUGGUGGCCACAUUGGGCUCCCCCGAGGACCUGUGUGCACUACUAGCCAAGACACUUUCCCAGGUGGAAGUUAGGCCGGUGCUGAGCCAGGCCCUGUCCCAGGAGGUCCUGGGGGCCUCUGUGGUCAAGGCCCUGCCUCAAGGCAUGCUGGGAAUGGCAUUGAUGAAAGCCCUGUUGUGGGGUGAACUGGGUGUCACCUUGUCCCAGGCCCUGUCCCGUGGCGAGCUGCAUCCAGAACUUAGCAAAGCCACACAAGGCGAGCUGGCCGAGGUACUCUGCAAAGCCCUGACGGAUGAUGAGAGGGCCACACUCAGCCAGGCCCUGUGCCAGGGUGAGCUGGGUGCUGUCUUCACUCAAUCCCUGGAGCAGAUGGCCCAGAGGACGGGUGCCUUCCCGCUCAAGGCCACCUCGAAAACAGCAGGGAGCCGGAUGACUGCGCCUGCCCCGGUGGAGGUGACCUGCAGCGGGAGCCUGUCAGUGGCGUGGGGACCCACACUGGGUCCUGUCCAACCUCAGUGUAGCAAGGGUCCUGUGGACACCUGCCCAGCUGCUGGCCAGUCGUGGAACUCGGUGGACCCCAGCGUGGCCGUCAGAGCCAAGGUGGGCACCCAGGCACCCCGAGGCAUGUGGCAUCCCACCAGGGGCCAGGGGCCUUGGGAUCCCAAGCGAAUGGAGGCACUGGACCACAAGCCAUCGGCGGAGCUGCUGGUGUCAGGGCGGGCCAUGGAGAAGGUUAUCGUGCAGGCCGCGGUCACCAUCCAGGCAGGCACACGUGGCUACCUGGUGCGGCGCACCAUAAAGGUCUGGCAUCAGCGGGCUUCUGUCAUCCAAGCCACGUGGCGUGGCUACCGUGUGCGACGGAACCUGGUACGACUGCUGAGGGCUGCCACAGUCAUCCAGGCUACCUGGCGCGGCUACUCCAUCCGUAGGGACCAGGCCCGUCAGGCGCUGCUGCCCACUAUGUGGCAGGAGUCAGGUGGCAGGGCCACUGGGGCAUCGAACCACCGAGCUAUCCAGGGUGCUGACAAGAGCUCAGAACACCGCAGUUUCCUGUCCUGUCAGCCAGACAUCUGCAGUGUCUGCCAGUCGCUGGGGCCCCGAGUGGAGACCCCCCUCAGAGUAGUGAUGCUUGUGGGGUCCCAGCCACGCACCUGCCAUGUGUGCGGUCACACACUGUCCACGCGUGUAGUGCAAGGCUUCGGCCAAGGAAUCUCAGGCCGGUCUGGCCCACAGUGGGCCUCAGUGUCCCAGCAGGGUCCCUGGAGCACCUGGGAGCAAAGGGCAGCCACCAUCAUCCAAGCCACAUGGAGGGGCUACAGGACCCGCCAUCUGCUCAGACAGCAGCAGUCCGCGGCCAAGAUGGUCCAGGCCAUAUGGAGGGGACAUUACACCCGUAGCUGCCUCACUACUGAUGCACUCUUGGGACAAGGAGGUCCGUGGGACAUCUCCAGGGAUACCUCUCACCGUGCCUCAAGGGCAUACUCUAUACACUGGCCCGGCGUCUAG